AUGCAAGAUCGCUCCUUCGAAGAGAAGGAGAUGGAAGGAAGGGAAGAUAGUGUGUCGAAGAUGGGGGAUGAUGUCGAAGGAAAUGCCGCACCAGAAGAGGAGUUGCACCUUGAAGAUCUUUCGACUGAAAACGAUAAAUGUAAUGUCGAAGGAGACGAACCAGAAGAGGUGGACAUUGCUGAUACCAUCCUCAAAGCGGAUGGUUCAUCUGAUGGUUUGUGGGGCUCGCAAGAGUGGAUGGCCGCAGUUGAUGAAAUUGAAGGGGGUAUGUGA